AUGAAUUUGGUAGACCUGUGGCUAACACGCUCCCUCUCCAUGUGUCUGCUCUUACAAAGCUUUGUUCUAAUGAUACUGUGCUUUCAUUCUGCCAGUAUGUGUCCCAAAGGCUGCCUUUGUUCACAUUCAGGAGGAUUAAAUGUCAGCUGCAGUAAUGCAAAUCUCAAGGAAAUACCCAGAGACAUCCCGCCUGAAACGGUUUUACUCUACCUAGACUCCAAUCAAAUCACAUCUAUCCCUAAUGAAAUUUUUAAAGAUCUCCAUCAACUGAAAGUUCUUAACUUAUCCAAAAAUAGCAUUGAAUUCAUAGAUGAACACUCCUUUAAGGGAGUAGCAGAAACUCUGCAGACUUUAGAUCUAUCGGACAACCAGAUAAAGAGUGUUCAUAAAAAUGCUUUUAAUAACUUAAAGGCGAGAGCACGGAUUGCUAACAACCCCUGGCACUGUGACUGUACGUUACAGCAGGUUCUGAGAAGUAUGGUGUCAAACCAUGAGACUGCCAGCAAUGUCAUUUGUAAGACAUCUGUACUUGAUGGACAUGCAGGACGAGCAUUCUUGACUAAUGCUAAUGAUGCAGACCUUUGUAAUCUUCAAAAAAAGACUACGGAUUAUGCCAUGUUAGUCACUAUGUUUGGCUGGUUCACCAUGGUGAUAUCUUAUGUGGUAUACUAUGUACGUCAAAACCAGGAAGAUGCACGGAGGCAUCUAGAAUACUUGAAAUCCCUGCCAAGCAGGCAAAAAAAACCUGAUGAAGCUGAUGACAUUAGCACUGUGGUAUAG